CACUAGUCCAGUCCGUGUUGUGUGUUAGGAGGUACAAAUCCUCAGUGGGGGCCAUUUUCUGCACAUGAGAAGAGCUGAGAAGACUAUCCUGGCUAUAGGGCUGAGGGAACUUUAAAGAUGAAGCUAUCCCUCAACAUAUUCUUCUUUGGAUGGUGGUUGGCCAGGCAGUGUUGGAUUUCUAGAGGUCAAACUCUUUCCACACCUUUGAUAUCUACCAACUUCAGUGGGAUGGUUGCUUUAGGAGAAGAUGUCACCAUCUUAUGCAAGAGCCAGGAUGAUUUUUAUGGAAGUUUCUAUCUCACGAGAUAUUCAAGCUCAAGUGAUCAAGGGGAAACUGCAGAAACUGAGAAUGCAGUAUCCAAUCAGGCUGCAUUUUCCUUUUCCUGUCUUAGCAAAUCACAGGCCGGCAUGUACAGCUGCAGAUCUUGCCUGCCUGACUGGGAAUGCUCAUCCUUCAGUAGUAAAAUCUAUCUCAACCUAAUAGAUCCUAGCCUGAUCAAGCCUUCCAUCCAGAUUUUAAAUCCAAAAGAGCAACCAUAUUUCUCUGUAUGGUGCAACGGGACAGAACCUAGUCUGACAUUUGCUCUUAUGAACUCAAGGCAGCAGAUACAUUACAAGGCUGCAGAGCCAGGGGAAAUGGCAGUGGAUUUUUCUCUCAACUCUGCAAGGUUGAAAGAGGCAGAAAAUUAUACCUGCCAGUACCACCUUGAAAGCAGCCCCUUUGUCUGGUCAGUGCCAAGUGACGCGCUGGAGUUGCCUUUGAAAGAUCCUGAGAUGAUGAAUCCCCCCAUGGAGACGAUACCUGGAGGGUCCAGUGAUUCAGCUAUUCUUAGCCCAUACUUAUGGGCAGGCGUUGGGGUGAGCGUUUUCCUGAUUGUCGUGUUAAUGCUGGCUGUGGUACUGUACAGGAAAAGGAGAAAAAGUUCCAAAACCAAUGAACAUAACCCAGCAAUGAAUCUGUCUUCUGAUGUUGAAGAACAUCCGGAUGAAGUCUCCUAUGCUAUCUUGACUCACCAGCCACAGAAAAUCCAGCAGGCAGCCAAUCCUAGGCAAACUUCUGAACCUUGCUUAUAUGCAUCAGUGGUCAAAAAUACAAGUUUUCAGCCAUAUAUGUCAUAAGACCUUGUGGGGCCUCCUGAGAUGAAUACAAGCAAGAGUGGCUUACUUUUAUUUCCUCACCGAUGUGUAAUUAUAGAUGCCAAAUGUAAGGACUGGAUCAUACUGGGGGCUCCGGAAAUGAGGUCAACAGAAUGCUUUUGACUACGUUACUUAGGAUUGUGAUGGAUCCUUUAGCACUGAGGCGCAGGCUUGUACCAUCAUCACUCUCACCUCCAGUUGAUGGAAGUUGUUGACAUUGAAAUCUACUCCUGGUCUAUAACAAUGGUUCUUUCCUAUAUGCUCUUAGUCGAUAUUUGAAUUACAGAUAAUGCUCAACUUACAACUGAUCGUUUAGUAACCAUUCAAAGUGACUACAGAUGUCACAAGGGUUACUUACAACCCAGAUCCAAAGUUCCAAUGGUUGGUCCCUCUCUGUGGUCAUGUGGCUGAAUUUUGGGUCCUUGGCAACAUGGCCGCAUUUAUGACUGUUCGUAGUAUCCCACAGUUACAUGAUUGUGUUUUAUGUCAGUUUUGCCAAAAUCCAGCACUUCCAGUUUUUGGCAUGCCCUUAGUGAACUAUUGGUGACGAAGUUCACUUAACAGUCAUCGCAAAAAGGUUGUAAAAUGGAGUCAGCUCAUUUUGCAACCAUUAUCACUUAUGAGUGUAAUGGGCAGGCUCUGUCAUGGUCAUAUGUCAAGGAUCCCAUAUAGUCUUUUUUCCAUACUGGUACUCUUCAAUUUAUGACCACAGUUGAGCCUAGAAGUUCUGUUGCUAAGUAAGACAAGUGAGUUUUGCCCCAUUUUAUGACAUUUCUUGGCACAGUUAUUAACUGAAUCACUGUAGUUAAGUUAGUAACAUAGCUGUUGAGUGACUCUGGCUCCCCCAUUGACGCUGCUUGUCAGAAGGUGGCAAAAAGUGAUCAUAGGACCCCAGGACAUGGCAACUGUCAUAAAUACAUGCCAGUUACCAAGCAUCCAAAUUUUGAUCAUCAUAUCACAGGAAUGCUGCAAGUGUGAGAAAUGGUCAGAAGUCACUUUUUUCAGUGUCAUUACAACUUUGAACACUCACUAUAAGAAUGUUUGUAAGUCGAGGAUUACCUGUAUGUCCCUCCAACCUUCCAGUUGUCAGCAGGGCCAGAAUAAGUUAAUUAAAAGUUAUAAAACAAUUUAUACAAGCUGCAUGCUUGAGCUCCCUUCAUAAAGCAGCUGUGGGGUUUCCAUUUUUCUGAAGAUAUUCUACCAGAAUUGCAAGAACCCAUCACCUCUGAUCUUAGUUUUAACUGUUCUGAUUUCUGGUCCUGAGUUUGUGAAUGGUUGCAUAGGAGCUGAAAACGUCUCACCUUCCCAUUGCCUCAGAUGCCUCACUCUAAAGAUUUUCAUUUUGCUCUUUCAGCCCCAAAUCGUGCCUCUUACUCAAGGGACAGGGUUUGAAAUGUAAAAAUCGCAACCCAAAUUCCUUAAUCUCUCACCUCCACCUGCACAUAGUCACUUAACUCUGACCACACAAAGAAACUUCCUCUGAGCUCAUAGCAAAACCUAUGAGGUUUUGUACCUCUAUACCUUUCAAUCUGAACCCAAAGAUGAAACACUUGGUUUUGUCCUGUAGGAUACUAUGAGAUUUGCUAAUUUAACUUCAAUUUUACUAAUUGUUAAAUCUUAUUUAAAACACUAUGUAAGAAAGACUCUAAUUAGGACAUAUAUGAACUUGGUAAUAUAAUGAUUUAGAUAGAAAUGAGUAUGUAACCUAUUUUGAAGUCAGGACUGUAACUGCUCUAGAUUUAAAAGUUCAUUACAUUAUUUCCUGAUUCAAUUAAAAAAUGCAAAAACAAGGAAGUUUCCUUUGCAGAAUUAUUAUGCAGAAUCCUAUCCUUACCAUUAUAUGGAUGUAUAUGUUGUUGCUAAACCUUAAGUAUCUGUCCAAAGCUUUGGCUGAAUACUGUAGGUAGUUCAAGCAAUCAGAAUAGAGCUGGAAGGGACCUUGGAUGUCUUCUAGUACAAUCCCUGCUCAAGCAGGAGUCCCUGUAACAUUUCAGACAAGUGACUGUCCAGUCUCUUCUUAAAAACCUCCAGUGACGAAGCACCCACAGCUUCUAAAGGCAAGUUGUCCCUCUGGUUAAUUGUCCUCACUGUUAGGAAAUUUCUCCUUAAUUCCUGGUUGCUUCUCUAUUUGAUUAGUUUCCAUCCAUUUCUUUUUUCUUGUUUUUUCUCUGGUGCUUUGGAAAAUAAAUUGACAUCCCUUUGUGGCAGCCUCUCAAAUACUGGAAUAUUGCUAUCAUGUCACCCCUAGUCCUUCUUUUCUUAGAUAAACCCAAAUCCUGCAAACGUUCUUCAUGUUUUUAGUCUCCAAUUCUUUAAUCAUCUUAGUUGUACUUCUUUGUACUUUUUCCAAAGUCUCAGACAUCUUUUUUGUAAUAUGGUGACCAAAACUGGAUACAGCAUUCCAGGUGUGGUCUUUCUAAGGCUUUAUAAAGUGGUACUAAUACUUCAGAUGAUUUUGAUUCUGUGCUUCUGUUUAUACAGAAUGCAGAUAUGGCGGAAGGGGGGGAUCGUAUCGGUCUAGGGGGUCACGCGUUCGAUGUUUGCAAGCGAUCGCGUGCCCCGAUCCCUCUGACUUUUCCCGUUCCCCGGAUGGUCAAGACCCUCAGAGCCUGGG